AGGUCCAGCUGCCAAAGGUUCCAGGGGAGUACACCACAACCGUGUCAGGGUCAGGAUGUGUGUACCUCCAGACAUCCCUGAGAUAUAACAUCCUACCCAAGGAAAAAGAGAAAGAACCCUUUGCUCUGCAGGUUAAUACUCUCCCCACGAAUUGUGAUGGAGUGGAUGCUCGCAGAAAGUUCCAGAUUCACAUCAACAUUAGUUAUACUGGGGACCGACCCAGCUCCAACAUGGUCAUUGUUGAUGUGAAGAUGGUAUCAGGCUUCAUUCCUAUAAAACAAUCAGUUAAACAGCUCCAGACACAGCCCCAGAUCCAGAGGACUGAAGUGAGCACCAACCACGUCCUCAUCUACUUUGAAAAGCUAACCAGUCAAAACCGGCAUUUUUCCUUCUUGGUUGAACAAGAUAUCCAAGUAAAGAAUUUAAAACCAGCUGUAGUAAAAGCCUAUGAUUAUUAUGAGACAGGUGAGUGAGAUUCGGACAUGCUGAGCUUUGAAAUGAAAAACAAACAAACAAACUACUAAACUAGUAAAGGAUUACCUUAACUAA